AUGCUCCCUCAGCAAUUUGUCAUCAACAGCAUCUGGCGCUGUGGCCCACCCUGGCUUUCAAAAGGGGAAGAAAACUGGCCUAAACACCCCACUGGAACUCCGCCAGAUGACAUACUAGAACGACGAAAAACUGUACUAGUGAUACGCCAGCCACUGGAACAUUGUUUCCUUUUCCACCGAUACUCAUCCUUCUGGCGCUUGGUUCGAAUUACCGCUUUGAUUCUUCGCUUUGCCAACCAUUGUCGUCGCAAAUUUAUUCACUAUCCUCACCUACUCGCUAUAGCAGAAUUAGAACAAGCAAAGGAAGCGCUAACGAAAGUUGCACAGCAGGAAAUGUUCACUGAGGAGCUAAAGGAACUGGCACAAUCCCGGCCUGUUUCCAACAAAUCAUCGUUGAAAUUACUUGGUCCUUUUCUCGACGAAAAAGGCAUUAUUCGUAUCGGCGGCAGACUUGAGCGCUCCACUGAAAACUGCCAAACCAAGCACCCAGCGAUUUUACCUAAAAUCCACCCACUCACACGCCUCAUCACGAAACACUAUCACGCACUAUGCUUACACUCUGGUCCUCGCAUGACGCUAGCUACGAUGAGGCAAGAAUUCUGGCCAAUCAACGGAAAAGUUACCGCUAAUCUUGUGUGUAGAAAGUGUCCGCGAUGCUUCCGCCAAAACCCUGUCCCUGUUAAGCAACCCAUUGGCCAAUUCCCGAAAUUCCGCAUCACGCCUAGCAGAGCUUUCACCGUCGUCGGAGUGGACUACUGCGGCCCUGUCUACAUCAAACCACCACACCGAAGAGCGGCACUACGAAAAGCAUACAUAGCCGUGUUUGUUUGCUUUGCCUCCAAGGCUGUACACCUCGAGCUCGUCAGCGAUUUGUCCACAGAUGCCUUCAUCGCUGCCCUACGUAGUUUUAUCGCCCACCAUGGUAUGCCGUCUGAAAUUCAAUCGGACAACGGGGCUCGAACUGUACCGCCUCUUCGACAACAAACGCACCCGGGAAGCUAUAACUAA